UUCCUCCAGUUUUCGCCUCGAGAGUUCGGCGGUUCAUGUCCACAAAUGUUAGCGGUGGGGCAGAUGGAGGCUAACCGGCAGAGUGCGUUCGUCCUGGGCAGCACCCCGCUGGCGGCGCUGCACAACAUGACCGAGAUGAAGACGUCGUUGUUCCCGUACGCGCUGCAGCAGAGCCCGGCGGGCUUCAAGGCGCCGCCGCUCUCCAACCUCAACUCGCAGCUGGCGGGCGGCACGCCGCACGGAAUAAGCGACAUCCUGGGGAGACCCAUCACCACCGCCGGCCAGCUGCUCUCCGGCUUCCCGCGGAUAAACGGCCUGGCGACCACCGCGGCCGCAGCGGCGGCGGGGAUGUACUUCAGCCCGGCGGUGUCGCGGUACCCGAAGCCGCUGGCCGAGCUGCCGGGCCGGGCGCCCAUCUUCUGGCCCGGGGUGAUGCAGGGCUCUCCGUGGAGGGACCCGCGGGUCCCCUGUCCGUCCCAGACUAACAUCAUGGUGGAUAAAGAUGGAAAGAAGAAACACUCCAGACCCACUUUUUCAGGACAGCAGAUUUUUGCUCUGGAGAAAACCUUCGAGCAGACUAAAUACCUGGCGGGUCCGGAGAGAGCCCGGCUGGCCUACUCUUUAGGGAUGACCGAGAGCCAAGUCAAGGUCUGGUUCCAGAACCGGAGGACCAAGUGGCGGAAGCGGCACGCGGCGGAGAUGGCCUCGGCCAAGAAGAAGCACGACUCCGAGACGGAGAAGAUGAAGGAGAGCUCGGACAACGAGGAGGACGACGAGUACAACAAGCCGCUGGACCCCAACUCGGACGACGAGAAGAUCACGAGACUGUUGAAAAAGCACAAGGCCUCGAACCUGGCGCUCAUCAGCCCGUGCAGUAACAGCUCGGACACCUUGUGA